AUAGACUGUACAUUGGUAAACCAAGCCUCAAACCCUCUUCAGUUCACAGAUCCAACCUGAGACAAGCGGUCAGCAAGGCUCGUCACUUUAAACUUGUGUACAUUCAAGACACUAGCUUACCCUCAGAUUAGCAAUGGCAAACCAAUGGUACUCAGAACUUGAGUCCCUGAGCUGGGCUGAUAUGAUGGAGAAGGAGAUGGAGGCUGAGGAGAUGGUGAACAAGAUUAAAGAGCUCCAAGAGCUUGUUGAAAAUAAAGACAACCAGCUGCAGGCUGAAAGGUUGAGAGCUGACACCCUCCAGAAAGAAAAGGAGGAAUAUAGGCGGGAGGUAGAAGACAAAGCCAGCCAAAUCCUGAAGAUUCUGGAGAUGCAGAAACUUUCCCUGGAUUCCUCCUGUGCAUCUCAGGACAUCAAGCUGCAAAAUAGUAAAGUAAUUGUGUUGUCUCACAAACUCCAGACAUGCCUGGACGAGGCCACACAGAAGCGUGGUGAAAUGGCCGAGGGGUUGAUGAGACAGGAGAAGGAGCUAGUAGACUUGAGGAGGGAGACCAACACCCAAGUGAAGAUGGAGAGCCUGAAGAAUGAGCUGCAGGCUGAAAGACUGAGGGCUGACACCCUUCAGAAAGAACAGGAGGAAUUUAGGCGGGAGGUACAAGAAAAAGCCAGCCAAGACCUGAAGAAGGUUCAGAAUCUGGAGGUGGAGAAACUGUCCCUGGAGCAGGAGGUGAAGGCCCUACGAAUAGAAAAUAACAUGAUUCAAGAGCUCGUGGACCUGAUUGCAGCUCAGGACACCCAGCUGCAGAAGAAGAUGGUGGUGACUCGCGUCCUCCGGACAAGACUGGACAAGGCCAAAGUGAAACUUGACGAAAUGGCCGAGAGUUUGAUGAGAAAGGACCAGGAGCUCAUAGACUUGAGGAGGGUGACCUACACCGAAGAGCACAUGAUGAACAUGAAUAUGAAGCUGGUAGAACAGACCAAUAAGUGCUCCGGUCUGAACCUCCAGCUACAAGAUCAGGUGAAGGUCGGUCUGGCUCUUCGGGAGGAGGUGAAAGAACUUCAAGAAGAGGUCUCAAGCAGAGCAUUAGAGGAUAGCACAAAGAUUCAGGAGCUCCAUGAUCUUGUUGAGUCCUUAAAGAACCAGCUGCAGGCUGAAAGCCUGAGGGCUGACACUCUCCAGAAAGAAAAGGAGGAAUUUAGGCGGGAGGUACAAGAAAAAGCCAGCCAAGACCUGAAGAAGGUUCAGAAUCUGGAGGUGGAGAAACUUUCCCUGGAGCAGGAGGUGAAGGCCCUACGAUUAGUAAAUAACAAGAUUCAAGAGCUCGUGGACCUGAUUGCAGCUCAGGACACCCAGCUGCAGAAGAAGAUGGUGGUGACUCGCGUCCUCCGGACAAGACUGGACAAGGCCAAAGUGAAACUUGACGAAAUGGCCGAGAGUUUGAUGAGAAAGGACCAGGAGCUCAUAGACUUGAGGAGGGUGACCUACACCGAAGAGCACAUGAUGAACAUGAAUAUGAAGCUGGUAGAACAGACCAAUAAGUGCUCCAGUCUGAACCUCCAGCUACAAGAUCAGGUGAAGGUCGGUCUGGCUCUUCGGGAGGAGGUGAAAGAACUUCAAGAAGAGGUCUCAAGCAGAGCAUUAGAGGAUAGCACAAAGAUUCAGGAGCUCCAUGAUAUUGUUGAGUCCUUCAAGAACCAGCUGCAGGCUGAAAGCCUGAGGGCUGACACCCUCCAGAGAGAACAGGAGCAACUUAGGCAGCGGGUACAAGAUCUGGAAGUGGAGAAACUUUCUCUGGAGCAGGGGGUGAAGGCCCUGCAGGAGGAGAUAAGAAACAACACCAACAUGAUUCAAGAGCCCCAAGAUGUUGAUGCUUCUUCAAAGAACCAGCUGCAGAUUGAAAGGCUAGAUGAACCGAAGAGACUCAUUGAGAAGGAGAACGGCUCUUUGUGGAGGAGGUUUAAAAAGGCCAUGACGCCUCACAGUUCCCGCCAAUAUAAACAUCUGAGAAGGCUGAGGGAAGACCAGGAAGGAAACCCCAGCACUUCUGUUCCCCCAGUCCCCCCCCAACAUGCCUAGGCCGUAACAGGCCAUUAGGCAGGUCACAGUUCUGUGUGGGUUUACUCCGGGCACUCCGGUUUCUUCCCACAUGCAACAAAUCUAAAAAAUGUCAAUAAAAAAAAAUGUCAAUAAAAAAAAAAAAACUUGA